UGCCUGCCGCACACUUUACUACUGCUUGCAAUGUGACACGAGCACCCCUCCUCGCCCGCCCGCGCGCGCACACACACACACACACACACACACACACACACACACACUCACACCCGCAUGCACGCACGCACACACCCCCGCACACCCGCACGCACUGGCAGUGCGGAGUGGAUUACUGCAGGAUCCGGGGAGCCCCCCACGCGCCCCUGCCCAAAGCCUCGCGGCUCCCGGACCUGCCAUGGCUCUGGAUUGUGUGGUGCUCCUCUGCUUGGCCUCUGCCAUCGCGGCGGUAGAAGAAACCUUGAUGGAUACCCGGACGGCUACAGCUGAGCUAGGCUGGACUGCAAAUCCUUCUUCAGGGUGGGAAGAGGUCAGCGGUUAUGACGAGAACCUGAACACCAUCCGCACUUACCAAGUGUGCAAUGUCUUUGAGCCAAACCAGAACAACUGGCUCCUCACGACAUUCAUAAACCGACGGGGCGCCCACCGCAUUUACACUGAAAUGCGCUUCACUGUGCGGGACUGCAGCAGCCUCCCCAACGUUCCUGGGUCCUGCAAAGAAACCUUUAACCUGUACUACUAUGAGACAGACUCUGUCAUUGCCACCAAGAAGUCAGCCUUCUGGACGGAGGCACCCUACCUCAAAGUGGACACCAUUGCGGCUGACGAGAGCUUCUCCCAGGUGGAUUUCGGUGGCAGGUUGAUGAAGGUAAACACAGAAGUGAGAAGCUUUGGACCUCUCACCCGCAAUGGCUUUUACCUCGCCUUCCAGGACUAUGGGGCUUGUAUGUCAUUGUUGUCAGUCAGGGUCUUCUUCAAGAAGUGUCCUAGCGUGGUGCAGAACUUUGCCAUCUUCCCAGAGACUAUGACUGGGGCAGAGAGCACCUCGCUUGUGAUUGCACGUGGCACGUGUAUCCCCAAUGCGGAGGAGGUGGAUGUGCCCAUUAAACUGUACUGCAAUGGUGAUGGGGAAUGGAUGGUUCCCAUUGGGCGCUGUACUUGCAAAGCUGGAUACGAGCCUGAGAACAAUGUGGCCUGCAAAGCUUGUCCAGCAGGGAUGUUCAAGGCCAACCAGGGGGCAGGGAUUUGUGCCCAGUGUCCCACCAACAGUCGCUCUACAGCAGAGGCCUCUCCCAUCUGCACCUGCCGCAAUGGCUACUACCGCGCUGAGUCUGACCCGCCGGAGGCAGCGUGCACCAGUGUCCCAUCCGGUCCCCGCAAUGUUAUCUCCAUUGUCAAUGAAACGUCUAUCAUCCUAGAGUGGCACCCACCCCGGGAAACAGGCAGCCGUGAUGACGUGACCUACAACAUUGUCUGUAAGAAGUGUCGGGCUGACCGCCGCAGCUGCUCCCGCUGUGAUGACAAUGUAGAGUUUGUACCCAGGCAGCUGGGUCUGACAGAGACUCGGGUUUUCAUCAGCAACCUUUGGGCCCAUACGCCGUAUACCUUCGAGAUCCAGGCCGUCAAUGGUGUUUCCAACAAGAGCCCCUUUCCUCCACAGCACGUCUCAGUGAACAUCACCACAAACCAAGCCGCUCCCUCCACUGUGCCCAUCAUGCACCAGGUAAGUGCCACCAUGAGGAGCAUCACACUGUCGUGGCCUCAGCCGGAGCAGCCCAACGGCAUCAUCCUGGACUAUGAGAUCCGUUACUAUGAGAAGGUGAGCCGGAUCUGCACCCCUGAGAUUAGCAGCACUGUGGGCUCAAGACCAGCCACCGACCACAAUGAGUACAACUCAUCCAUGGCCCGGAGUCAAACCAAUACGGCCAGGAUUGAUGGGCUGAGGCCUGGGAUGGUGUACGUGGUCCAGGUGCGAGCCCGGACUGUGGCUGGCUAUGGGAAAUACAGCGGGAAAAUGUGCUUCCAGACACUGACGGAUGAUGACUACAAGUCCGAGCUGAGAGAGCAAUUGCCUCUCAUUGCGGGGUCUGCAGCAGCUGGUGUGGUCUUCAUUGUCUCCCUGGUGGCUAUUUCAAUCGUCUGCAGCAGGAAGCGUGCUUACAGCAAAGAGGCAGUGUACAGUGAUAAAUUACAGCACUACAGCACUGGCCGAGGCUCUCCAGGAAUGAAGAUCUACAUUGAUCCUUUCACUUAUGAAGACCCAAAUGAGGCUGUCCGCGAGUUUGCCAAGGAGAUUGACGUGUCCUUCGUGAAGAUUGAAGAAGUCAUUGGAGCAGGGGAGUUUGGUGAAGUGUAUAAAGGACGUCUGAAACUACCCAGCAAGAGGGAAAUCUAUGUAGCUAUAAAGACAUUAAAGGCUGGCUACUCUGAGAAGCAGCGUAGGGAUUUCCUGAGUGAAGCCAGCAUCAUGGGACAGUUUGACCACCCGAAUAUCAUUCGGCUGGAAGGAGUGGUGACCAAAAGCCGGCCAGUCAUGAUCAUCACAGAGUUUAUGGAGAAUGGAGCUCUGGACUCCUUUCUGAGGCAAAAUGAUGGACAGUUCACAGUAAUCCAGCUAGUGGGGAUGCUCAGAGGGAUUGCCGCUGGCAUGAAGUACCUUGCAGAGAUGAAUUACGUGCACCGGGACCUUGCUGCCAGGAACAUCCUGGUCAAUAGUAACCUGGUGUGCAAAGUGUCUGACUUCGGCCUCUCACGCUACCUGCAAGAUGACACCUCUGACCCAACGUACACCAGCUCCUUGGGUGGGAAGAUCCCAGUAAGGUGGACAGCCCCGGAGGCCAUUGCCUACCGCAAGUUCACCUCUGCCAGCGACGUCUGGAGUUAUGGCAUUGUCAUGUGGGAAGUGAUGUCAUUUGGAGAGAGGCCGUACUGGGACAUGUCCAACCAAGAUGUAAUCAAUGCAAUUGAGCAAGAUUACCGGCUACCGCCUCCUAUGGACUGCCCAGCUGCAUUGCACCAGCUUAUGCUAGACUGCUGGCAAAAAGACCGCAACACCCGACCCCGCUUCACCGAAAUAGUCAACACCCUCGAUAAAAUGAUCCGCAACCCGGCAAGCCUCAAAACUGUGGCUACCAUCACCGCUGUGCCUUCUCAGCCACUGCUAGACCGCUCCAUCCCAGAUUUCACUGCCUUUACCUCAGUAGAAGAUUGGUUAAGCGCCAUUAAAAUGAGCCAGUACAGAGACAACUUCCUGACUGCUGGCUUCACCUCCCUCCAGCUCGUUGCCCAGAUGACAUCAGAAGAUCUCCUGAGAAUAGGGGUGACUUUGGCUGGACACCAGAAGAAGAUACUGAACAGUGUCCAAUCUAUGAGAGUACAGAUGAGUCAGUCUCCAACCUCGAUGGCAUGACAUCUCUCAUUUGAUGGGGAUGGGAAAGGGAGGGGAAGCAAUGAAGGGCCAGAGGUGGGUUGGGGAGGAACUAACUGACAAAGCAGUGAAACAUUUGGAGAGGUUGAAUUAUUGUCUGAGAACUGUAACAGCUGCAGACAAAGAAUACACGGGACUCAUUUCUAACCGGCAACUUCCGUUUCUCACCAACAGAAGCACACUUACCACUGUCAUGGGAAACAGCAUAUACAUAAGUAUAAAUAUGUACAAAUCAUAUAUUUAAAAGACAAUGAAGACAAACCAAUUUGUGUUGGGGGGGAAAAUAAUAACGGACUCCAAUCCCACCACCAGUGAGCAGUAGUUGAAACUGAUAAGAAGGAAGGAGCCAUUGGGAAGGAGGAGGUGCAAGUCCUGAGUUUCCAACCCAGAGAGAUCAUUUUCUGCAAUGAUAUUCCUUUUCAUUUCUUCUUUUGCUCUCCUUCCCAAUCCUCUAUCACACACCUUCUUCCUUUUCUGCUCAUGAUUGGUGUGGAAGUGUCUUUAGAAGUCUUCACAGCUACCUAAUCUAAUACCAAGGUGUUGCUCUGUCAACGACUGAAGGACUUCUGACCACUGCAUGGGAGAUCCAAAUCAAUCCAGUUAAUGUCUUCAUAUUGAAGAAGAGAUGUACCUUCAAUAGAAAACCUUGUUUUUCUUUUGCUUGCAUUUUUUUGCAAAAAGGAAAAAAAAACAUAAUGAAAAAAGCAAAAAAGUGUUCCCGUGUGUGCGCACUCAGGUGCGUGCGUGUGUUUGCGUGUGCACUGUCAACUUUCUCUGGAUUUGCUGCUUGUCCAUAACAGAAAUAGAAACAGAUCGACCCAAGUGGAAUGGACGGUAAAUUCUUGACCUCCAAGGGAACUGGGGUUGUGGGGGAGGGACAAGUGAUUGGCUUUGCUUUCUGUCUGGAUCAACUGCACCUGCCACGCACAAUGAGAAAUAACCAGGGGGAAAAAAGCAAGUCAGACUCAAUGUUUUGCAAGUUUGGAGGAGGAAGCAAAGGAACAGUCAUCUUGGAUGCUUGCAUGGGUUUUAGAUGGGAUUAUUAUCAGAUGCACAGUCUUUGUUACUGGAGUGUUGACUGCAGAGGCGACUGCAACUGAAGGAGAGAGACUGGAAAAUAGACUGGUUAGUCUUCCAGCAGAUCUGCAGAAGAUGGCUAUGGAGAACUAUUUUUCCAUCUUGUGGACCUAAGGAUUUCGGUAUCAAAUUGCUGAUUUAUGUACCAUGGCUUCAGAGGUAGGGGCAUUACUUCAGUAAUCCAUCCCACAAGGAAAUGGAUACAGGACAAUCCUGACAGGAAGGCUCACCGCCACACAGCCCUCUUCCUU